AUGGGGCUCGACCACCACAUUUCCCACGCCCAUGGGAAGGGCUCCAAAAUGGGAGAGCCAUCCCUCGACGGAUCUGAGCGGGGUAGGGAAGCCGUGAAGAGAUUGACGGAUCUGAGCGCCAUCCCUCACCGUGGGUCGUGAACCUCAAUGCUUCCUGAGGUCACUGCCAUCUCACUCCAUCUUCGACGCAAUGGGCUGCACGGCGGCGCAAACUGACCGUAGGUGCGGCGUCCUCCCACAGUUUCCGCCUUGAUGAGGAAAUCCAUUUCUUCUUCCCCUCUCAUGGACCUCUGCCACCCUUUCCUGAUCUGCGUUACCAUGCUUUUCUACUUUGACCACAACACGCAAGCCGGGUAGGAAGGAUUACAAGGAACGGCAGAGCCAUCGCCUCGACUCUGUCCUGGACAGACUCGACUGGGGUGGCCACAGAGAACAACAAAGUUGGGUAAACUGAGUAGAAUUACAGAUAGGUUUUGUGAAAUGGGAAUAGAGUCAGGUGGUGUGCUUGCCCGCAGAAAUAACAGCGACAUUGAAGAAGAGGUCCAAGGAGAGGAUCCUUAGCACACUCUGGAUCCAGAGUCUCUCGAGUGGAUGAACAGGAUGUUGUUGUGCCGAAAGAAAACAUGGCAAUUGCAAGGCAUGCAAGCCGGGCUAUGUUUCAGCAAUUUGAACCAAUACUAUAUGGGCAGGCACAUACGGGAAGUGCUCGGUUUAGAUUACUUAUGUUUCCAUACUGGAGUCAGCAGGAGGGGAAUUGGAGGUUUUUGUUCCUCUGCAAAAUCAGUCGGCCAGCUUGCCCCAAGAGAAGAGUUUGAUCAAAACAACAUCUAUCUUAUCAAGCACACAUGGCAAGAGUAGCAUACGAGGAAGAAUUUGACUGCAAGGGGCGAUGGUUUUCACAUAUGAUCUGUUGUUCUUCCACACACUACAGGUCAUGGAUCAUGUUGGUAUAGAAGCACAUGUUUGCUCUUCUGUCGCGUAUGGACAUUGGAACAUAUACAUUCAUGUGCUGGAGCUUGUUUGGUCAGGAGAUGCCAGCCCAAAAGUUAGAAAAUCACGCAACAAAGAAUUUAUUUUAAAGGUACACACCGGCGUAGAGACCCGCCUUCCUGCACUAGGAACUCUCCAUAUCGCCAGCUUGGCUGCACUAGGGACUUGCAGUCAUCGACACCUGUCUGCCGAGACUUACUACGUACCGACCACGACGCAUGCCGCUAAUAACGUUUGUCUUGCAGCUGACCCCGACGCACCCUUAGACCAGUUAAUUCCGUGCCGGUUUAGGAAAUCUGCAGCAAUCAAACCAUUUACCGUGUGGUAUGAUUUUUUGUGCAAUGAAUUUUUUUUCACUAGAUGCACACGAGUUGAAGCAUGGUAUCUGAAGUUUUUCCCUAUCCGUACCACAUUAUUUUGCAUUGUCGACGUUCUGUACUCCGAACUUCAUACAAAAGAAAAAUGCAUGAGCAUUUCAAUGGAACUUAUCAUGGUCAUGGUGCAGCACCCUAGAUUAGGGAGGAGACCCGGCGUGGCAGGGAUUAUAUUAACUGCCACGCCGCCAAUGUUGUUCCCUGUGAUCCUCAACCUCCCUCCCAGCAAUGCUGACACGGAGUUCUUCCUGGUCCCGGUGUCCUUCAGCAAGUUCGAUCAGGUUAUCGAUGCUUACAUUGGAGAUUUGUCUCGUCGUGUUGGGGAUGAUCGGUACUUAUGUGCAGCGUGGAGGUCAUCAUUCCUGCUAGAAGCACAUCGCAAGGGCCACAAAAUAAAAAAAAAUAAUAAGAACAAUGAUCACCUAGCUGUAAGAACUGGAACCAUUCAACGAGUUAUCGACGAAUAUUUUAGGCGGGAGAAGGCAUAUUUUCCAGUUAACAUAUCGAACAAUCACUGGACUACCGUGAUCAUGCACACACCCAAGCAAGAAUUCCAAGUUCUUGACUCAUUAUUUCCAUUAAGUGUGACCAUAGACACUGUCAGGGCUCUGAGACAACAAAUUUCUGCUGACAUCCAAGAGUACAACAAAUCUACAUCUGGAUUUUUCCCUGAUGUGAUAUCUUGGGAUAUAAAAUCAUACGAUAUGCCGCAGCAAAAAGAUGGCAAUUCAUGUGGCUUAUUUGUUCUUCAAUGCAUGGAACAUUGGGAUGGAGAUAAAUGGAAUAAAGAAAUAUCACAGGAGAUGAUAAACGGAUCAAGGAACCUCAUUAACGCACAGAUAGUUCUAGCAACUUCAAAUCUGUUAGAGACGGUGAAAUCGAAGGUUGUCCGGAUCUCCAAGAGAUUUACUAAGUAGAUAAAGCUGCAGUGAUCAUAGGUUGGGUUUUAGUCCCGUAGAAGGUUUCCCAGCUUGUGUCAAUCUCGGCUUCUGUGAAUCUAUAUGUAUGACAUUUAAAUACGGUUGGCAAGU